CGUCGACGUCACCUGCGCCCCUCCCCUUCCUCCGCGAUUUCCUCCGAGCCGCUUCUUCUCGCCAUCAGCACAUGAGCGAGGACGAUCAGCUAGUGAGGGCAUGGGCGCUUAUCUUGUGAGCCCAGAGCCCCUUCUCAUGUUCACGGCUUUUCUCUGCUGCCUCUGCGCCGUCCUCCGCACCGUUGCCUCCUGGUUUGGCUUUACUUUGCGCGUAGGCCGUAUCGGCUUCCUAUCUAUCGGGGACAUCACGUACACCCAUCGUAAAUCCGCGCAGUACCGCAUCGGGCACAUCAGCUUCAGACCGCAUGUCCCACACAGAUAUCAUCCCUAUUGGGGCGUCUUCACCCUCGAGGACUACGAAGCAAAGGACGACUUGUGCCACGUCUCGAUCGGGCGCCUAACUACCACGCUCUGGUUCCUCCCCGCCUUCUUCGCCUCCACCCCCAACACCCUCGCCUCCGUCACCCUCGACGACUUCCGCGUGCGCGUCUGGACCUCGUCCCAAACCCCCACCUGGCUCGCGCGCCUCCGCUACAACGUCAUCUCCACCGUCCUGCGCGGGGAGCACCUGCGCGUCGGAUGCCUGCGGACGCAGAUGAAGUUUGCCUCGCCCGCGGGGCAGCCCGACCGCGAGUUCGGGCGCGAGUUCAAGGCGCCGACGCUGCCUGGGCUUGGGAGGAUGGAGAUGCGCACGGCGGUGAUGGCGCGCGGGUGGCAUUUGAAGAAUUGGCAGAGUCGGUUGUAUAUCUUCGAGACGGUGGAUAUGGUCUGGAGGACGGGGCUGGACGCGGAGUGGAGCUCGCUGGCGCUUGUGGCGCAGAGCUGCCAUUGGCUGAGUACGCGGGAUGCGUAUAGAGGACGAGGAUGGAGACCCCUCCUACAAUGGACGCUCCUGCUGCCCUUGCAGCUAUACAAUUCACCAACGUCUGCCAUGGACCUGUCCAUCACACGCAUGGACAUCCUCUUCGACCAGUUCCACCUCCGCGACGCCGAACUCAUUCACCAGACGGAAGACUGGGUGCGGACGGUGAACUCGGACGACUUGGGGCUGGGUACGUAUCUAUGGGACUCGGUAGCACGCAUCGCUACGAGGUUGAUUACUUGACGUUUGUUCCAUCACAUACUGUGUUUGUUCCCUCACAUACUUUUGUUUGUUGUAUUACCUUCAUCAUCAUGUAGCCACAGACGAUACACACUUAGCAUAGCAUUGUACCUUGCACGAUCGGAUACAUAACGAACACACACGCAUUGGACCGCUCAUGUUUACCAUCAUUUCGAUUCGAC